GUGUGGCCCCCACUUGUGAAAAGGUGAAAAAAUGAGAAAAAGUGGGCAGCAGUUUUUUUCCCUAUGGAACAGGAGAACUUCUUGGGUGAGAACUUCUCGAAUUCGAAUGAGAUCUGAAUGCAUCCACGACAGGAAGGAGCAUUUUUUUUGCCACCUGCAGGGUCGACAUGAAGCUGGACAUGUCGGUCGGCUGACGAUGACAAACCGAAUAAUAUCGGAAUCCGAGGCUCUUCUCUUAUUUGGCAUAGACUGUUUCUUGCUUGCCUUGUCCAAUCCAGACGGACGUGUGGGCGUCUGUUUAUCUUGUCAUUGUCAUUGACUUACCCAACUUAUAAUAACUCGGCCCUCUCUUUUUCUUUUUUUUUUCAACCCCGACCACCUUCGUCUCUGUCCAUCCUCUUACGUGAUAACGUUACAUGUCCUCUAUGGCACACCCAUCCUCCGAGUCGGUCUCGUCACAACAAGCUGAUCGACCAGAACGCAGCCGUAAUGCAAAGGCCCAAGCCCGCCACCGCGCAAAGCGCAAAGCAUACAUCGAACAGCUCGAGCAAACCGUCACAAAGCUACAGACGGCGUUGGGCUUCACGCCCGACCAGGUAGCCGCGCUACCUCCUCCCCUCGUCAAAAUCCGCGAAUUGGAACAGGAAAAUAACCGUCUUCUGAAAGAAAACGAGGAGAUGAGACGUCUCCUCACAGAGUCCGACCACAGACACCACAUAUCUGCCGACUAUCGAAGGCACGCACUCAGUUCCUUUCAUGACGUCCGCAGCUGCGACCGCGAUUUCAAGAAACGGAAAAUGGAUGACCUCUAUAUGCAGGCGCCAGACCCAUCUCAUCCCGAGACCCUCACACGGCCACCGCCAUUAACGAUCCCGCAACCGCUCUCGCAUCAGCAAUACAGCAGUAUUCCCCCCCAUAACUCUUCCUCUGCUCAUGGCGUGUCCGGCACCGGCUCCUCUCUCUUCAAUCUCCAUGCACCUGCAUUCCACCACCAGAUGCCCAACACCCCCUCUGGCUCGAGCUCGACUUCGAGCCCUCCUUUUUCGCCUGCCCAAAUGAAUCAUUCCUCGCACUCACCCGCCAACAGUCGACCAAGUUCUAUGGCCCACCCACUCCCCAACAAUUACCACUCCAGCUACGGGUCCGUAAAAGUGGAAGAUGAUCAAUAUGGCUCAUCCAACAACCAUCACAACCAUCACAAUAAUCACAAUGGACAGGCUAACCACUAUCACAACACCACUCUCCCCCCAUUUGCCCAGGCAGUUUCUGAGACUGGUGACAUCGACAGCUGGCAUACAUACUCGGCUGAGCGUGCGCAGGUCCACCGCUGAAUGCCACUACGGAUACUGGUGCUUGUCAUGUUGACCAUGCCUCUCAUAUUCCCUUCGUCGCUGUCAUUUGCGUGCUGGCCUGACAAUUGUAGAAUAUACCCGGUUUAUUUUGUUAUCGCUGCAACUCGAAAUCGCUUUAUCGUCGCAUCUUUUCUCUUCCCGAUAGACUGCCCCAUUGACAUCAUAGGUUCCUGACUAAUAGGCUCUCUUUUUUAUUAUUCUUUUCUUCAACUGCCGUACAAAUUUUUUCUGCAGAACAUGCAUGUAUAGUACUCCCCCGCAAGUAUAAUCUGUACAUAGUUGGUCGUCUUGAAUCCUGGAAAUGCAAUCAAU